AUGGAUUCUUAUCAGCCAUCUUCAAAUGCAUGCAUGAAAUGCGAUCAUCCACUGACAGAGAAAGUUGAUAACUGUCAUAAUUUUAUAGCAACGUCUUCUGAGUAAAAGAAAUUCAGACACUUCCAAGCUCAAAAAGUAUCAAAACCGAGCGAUAGGCAUGAAUUAACAAAAUGUAGAGUUAUUCAAAGAAAUUUGGUUUAUUUGAUAGGUCUUCCACCUAGCAUAGCAGAUGAAGAGGUAAAACUUAAAUAGACUAUGAUUGAAGAAAAAUAUUUUGGACAGUAUGGCCACAUAAGGAAAUGCGCUGUCAAGAAAACAAGUCCAUAUAUAAGCCCUUUAGGGAUUUCCUAUAGUGCUUUUAUUACAUACAACACUGAAAUAGAAGCCACACUCUGCAUAAAAGCAUGUGAUGGCUUCAAAAUUGAAGGCAGAAGACUAAAAGCUACAUUUGGGACUUCUAAAUACUGCAACUCAUAUAUAAAAGGACAAAAAUGUCUUAAUGCAGACUGUUUAUAUCUCCACGAAUUAGGGAGCCAAAUUGAUACAUUUACCAAAGAAGAUAUUCAAAGAAAUAAGCAUAUACAACCCCACAAUUCAAUUUUUCCUCUUUUGAGCGUUGUGGUCUCAAAGACAGAUAGUAAUCAUGUACUUCCAGUAGCUUCUUUAUUACAGAGAAAACGGGUAUUCAGCGAUGAUAUUCAUAGCAUAAAAGCAGAGAAGCCAAGACUCUAUAAUUUUGAUACGCCUAGUAAAAGACAGUUCAGCAGGUUUGGGUUUGAUGAAGAGAGUAUGGAAGAACCUACAGAAGCUCCUAAGUUUUUGAAAGAAAUUUUGGCAAAAAACUCUCCUGCAAAAGAUAUAGCGCAUAUAUAUGUAAGUGAUAUCCCUGAGUUGAUGAGUCAUAGUUGAGCUAAAGAUUUGCUUGAUAUUAAAAUACCUGAGAUUUAUACAAGUAGUUUGCAAGAUGAAGAUAAAGCGAUUGCGUCUCCGCGGUCUGCGUGAUAA